GUACCUUCACCUUUGUCUGAGUCUCCUACCCUAACAGUAAUCAGUCUUAAAGGCUCUGUUCAAGAUCUAAGUAAAUAUAAAGUACUGGGAAUUUUGGGAAAGGUUCUUCUGGUUUUGGAUAUCUCCAAUAAUUGUACAUAUGUUGUAAAGACAUUGUAUAAAAGUUCUAGCCCAAGAAAUAUGAAUAAUUCUCACAUAAUUCCUCAGAACAUACCCUUUAUGGUGAAAAUAUUUCAGAUUUAUGAGACUAAUUAUGCAUUAUUUAUUGUUUUGGAGCACGCUACUGGUGGUCGUUUAUGGGAUUAUGUCAGCUCAUAUUUACAACGAAGCCCUUUAUCACCAUAUAAUGAAGAUGCAUAUUUAUAUAUAGAACCUAGAAACAAAACUGGGCUUUGCAAUGUGUAUUCCGGGAAAAAAAUAUCAGAUGGAAGUUCUGCUGAGAGUGCAGAUGUUGUUAAAUCUGUUGAUUCUGAUCUUGUAGCUUCAAAAAUUAGCCCUUCAAGUUAUGUUGCUUUGUUCAAAAAGUAUGCUGUUACAUCUGACAAAGAAGAGAAGGUUGCUCUUGCGAAAUAUCGAAGAUAUCCGCCUAUGCCUUGUAAUGAAAAAAGCCACUUAAAAAAAUACUCGGAUAAUGAAAAGACUUUCCAUGAUUCUAAAACCCUUUGUGUAUCCAGUGAUGCUGAUAAUUGUGAUAAAAAUGAGGCAAAUGUUCAAAAUAAAAAGAAUAAUCAGCAACAGAGAAAUUCUCGUAACCGUUUGUCAUCAUCUACAGGUAGUUUAGAAAGUGCACUGUCUCAAAAAACAUGUCAUCUUGAAGCAUUUGAUGCUAUGGAUGAAGCUGUAUUAAAGGCAUCAUCUAAACCUAUCCAUUUACCUGAAUCAUGCAUUUAUCUAUGGGCUGCAGAAAUAGUAGUAGCUUUGGAUUCAUUGCACAAAUUAGGAAUUAUAUGGAUGGAUUUUCAGCCUGAUAAUAUAUUGUUGGGAACAGAAGGUCAUAUUUUAUUAACUUACCAAGGUUAUUGGAAUGAUGUUGAUUUUGUAGUAAAUGAACAAUCUAAAGAGAAUUUCUUUUGUGCUCCUGAAGUGGGUAAUAUUUUCCCAGUUACCAGUGACUGUGAUUGGUGGAGUCUUGGAGUUAUACUUUAUGAACUUCUCACUGGAAGGUCUCUUGUCUCAUGUCAUCCAACAGGCAUUAGUAUGCAUACUAUUUUAAAUUUUCCAACUGAUGUUAGUCCAGAUGCUAAAGAUUUUGUAUCAAAGAUGCAAAUGUUUUGCACUUCACAGUAUUUAUGAUAUUCUGAAGAAAAUGAGGACAGAAGAUUAAAAGAUUUAUAAGUGCUG